CACUCCACCGCUGAUUGUGCAGACUGCGGCUGCUGCUGCUGUCGUCGGCCUUCCUUUACAUCACAGCUCGAACAGAGGAAUGACUUUGUGACAGCAGACCCACUGAAGACCUCUUCCCUCCUGGACAAACACAUGGACAUACACACAUCCAGACAGCAUGGGCUCCAGACUGAAACAAAACCCUGAGCAAACCUUCCACUGGUUCUUUGAAGCCACUUGCCCCGUAGCCAGAGACAAAGAUCCUGGUGUGCUGUUUCAGUUUCCAGAGGACUUCAGUGAUGAGGAGUCUUACCAAACAUUACCCAGGUUCUGCUUCCCGUACGACAUACAAAGAGUGAGGGAUGGAGUAGCCGUGCAGCACUUUACUUUCGUUUUGACUGACCUGGAAGGAUGCCAACGAUUUGGCUUCUGUCGUCUCACAAACAGCACACAAACCUGCCUUUGUAUACUCAGUUAUCUUCCCUGGUUUGAAGUCUUUUACAAACUCCUCAACAACUUGGCUGAUUACCUCUCUAAAGGACAGACCAAUGAGAUGAAAGAACUCCUGACUGCCCUCUACAAGCAGCCCAUACCGCUGGCAGCUGGAUCCGUUACUCUGCAGAUGGUUCCUUACUUCAUCGCUCCAGACCCAAGAAGUCUCCCUUCCAUCCCUGAAAAUAGGAACCUGACUGAGCUGAUAGUAGCUGUAGAUGUGGGGAACCUGCUCCAGCUCUAUGCCAGCAUGCUGUUUGAGAGACGCAUACUCAUCUUCGCCAGCAAACUCAGCACUCUGACGUCUUGUGUACAUGCUCUCAACGCUGCGUUAUACCCCAUGUACUGGCAACACAUCUUCAUUCCUGUUCUACCCCCCCAUCUACUGGACUACUGCUGUGCACCCAUGCCUUAUCUAAUAGGGGUCCACACUAGUCUUUCUGAGAAGGUGAGAGGCCGUGGGUUGGAGGAAGUUGUUAUUCUAAAUGUGGACACAAACACUCUGGAAACCCCCUUUGAUGACUUGAAAAAGAUACCUUCAGAAGUGAUGUCUGCCUUAAAGGUGUCUUUGAAGCGUGCAGCAGUGAGUCCUGGCUGUGGUGUCUCGAGGGCCUUCCUCAAAGCUCAGGCUCAGCUGUUCGGUGGCUACAGGGACGCGCUGCAGGCUAACCAGGAGGAUGAAAUGUAUUUCAGCGAGGAGCUGUUUCUAGAUCACAAGUCAUCCAGCAUGAGGCAGUUCCUGCUGAGUGCUGUUCAUCUCCAGUUCUUCAAACAGUUUAUUGAUAGCCGCUUGGAUAUUCUGAACAAAGGGAAGGAACCAGAUGAUCUCUUUGAGGAGGAGAUCUUAAAGUGUGAAACAACUGCAGGGAGAGGAAAAUCUUAUCAGCAUUUGGUCGGCAAUUUAAAGAAGGGUGGAGGAGCGCUCAUCCUGAACAUGAGGUCCAAAGCAAACUUAAGGCCCAAAGGUCUCACCAAGUCUGGUUUGAAAAACCUGUUGAUGCAUAAGACCCACAGUGACGAACACUCCCUUCAGAGAGGAGGAUCAGUGACACACCGUCGUGCCCAAUCAGACUGUUUGCAGAACCGCCUGCCGAUCACACAACACUUUGGGAUGUCACGUCCUCGUCGACCUGUCCACAAACACAGGGCUCCUAGAGAUGAGGGGAACUCGAGGGACUCUGGAGAAACAUGGGACGGAGCUGUGUCUGAGCCUUUGCUUGAACCGGACUCGGAGCUCCAGGAGGAUGAAGACGAGGGGCAAGAUUCCUUGCUGUGUGAUGCGGAGGAGAUGGAUCUGCUGGGGGAGAUCUUUGACACGCUCAGCUCCCGAAGCUUCCCUGAGCGUGGCCUGCUGUACGGCACACGCAGCCUGGAUCUGUUUGGAUCUGACAGCAAUGACUACAUCACGAAGGUUGGUUUUCCUGGCAACCCCAGCCAGGAGAGUCUGUUUUUGUCUGCCAGCGGCAGCGGAAGCCUGCACAGCUGGAACCAGGAAGUUGCAGAGGAACCGUCCGAUCUAAUGGAAGACUCUGAUUGGCAGAGCCUGGAUACCGGCAUGCCAGAAGAAGAAGAGACAGAGAGUCUACUUGCAGCGUGUGAAAUAAGAGAGCAAGACAGUGGACGAGAACAGGAAGAAGUAAAUGCAGCAAUAAACGGGAAUCAAGAAGAAGAAACAGAAGACAGAAAUGACUUCAAGGGGGGGGAGUCAGAGGAAGAGAGGAAGACAGCUUGUCAAGAUAAGAGAGAGAGUUUGGGUGAGGAUGCAAUGAAAGAAACAACAGAGAAUCAAGAGGCAGAAGAGCUGAAAGAGGAUGAGCAAAAUCAGACUGAAGAGUCGGCUGAGGACGAGGUGACGGAAAAAGGAACAGAUGAAAUGCAGAAAGAUGCAACAAGAGAAGAGGAGGAGAAAGAGAACCAGGAAAACAAGCUAACAACUCUGAAUCCUCAUCACCCUGACCCUGAACCUCCAGUAGCUCAGGACAACAGAGAAGAAGCGGUUCAGAAAGAGGAGCAGGAGAUAAGACAGACCUCCUCUCCUCCCAAAGUGCUUUCAGCUGUAGCACGCUUCCAGUCUCAGGGGCAGAGUCCGAGGCCGCUGAUGAAGUCCAAAGAUCUGAACGAACCUGGGAGAGUAUGGAACAGGUUUCAGGGCAAGGACAACGCACAAACUAAUCGGCCAUGUGACUCAGAGAAAAACGGCUCAGAGGGGCACGAGGAAGAGGAGGAGGGGCCGCCGAUCAAAGUGUCUGAGCUGAAGAAGAGGUUUGAAGGUUAGAGGAUCAAACACAAGUUAGCUGUGUGAAUACCUUCCUGAUUUAUUUUGUAUACUGACCUUUCAAACCACCUUCCCCUUAUAAAGAAUUUAACUAUGUUUGAAGUCUCAGCUGAAUGAGGCGCCUGUUAUCAAGAGGUACAACCAUCAGGUAGAUUCCUUAAAGUCACUCCACAGCAUGAUGAAAACUCAUCUCCUCUUCUCCUCAGUUAUCGACUAAAGCAAUAAACAAGUUGACAUAAAACAUUUAUUCAAAGAUGAUGGUCAGGGAUGCUUCCACAGCAGCAGGUUCUUAUCAGCCUGUUUGUGGGACAAGUUAACAUUAAACUGAACAUUUCAAUCAACAGUCAAGUUAAAACCAAGCGGCAACUUCCGGUCUUAAAAUAUGAAACCCAUGCAGAAGUGCAGUUCUAGGGUGUCCACUUGAGUCUGGCUGCAGAAACACCGGACACCACAUACACACCCAUUCAAAGAAGAGGAUCUUUACAGCAGAAAUAAACAUGUUAACAGCUGAUGUUUUUAACCAGGCUGUAAACAUGUUUAUUAAUGCUGCAAAGAUCGUCUUCCUUGAAUGGGUGUGUAUGUGGUUUCCGGUGUUUCUGCAGUCAGCCUCAAGCGGAUUCUCUAUGAAUUGCAGUUUAUAACACUUCCGCAUGGGCUUCAUAUUUUAAGACCGAAGUUUGCUGCUUGGAAGAGGAUCAAACCCCGCCUCUUUACCUCACACUAGCUCGACAUAAGUUAGGUUGAGUUCAGCAUUACCAAUAUGGCACCGGCCGACGAUUGGCUUCAAAACAGCGCUUAGGAACAGGUGGGUGGCAUCACGGAUACUACGUCCAUAUUUUAUAGUCUAUGGUUAAAACAUUAGUCAGAGUGCUUGUUAUAAAAAUCACCUUAAAGUGAACAGGACUCAUGCAGGAAUAUUCAUGUUGACAUUUCUGACCAUAGACAUAAACGAUGCAAAUAUCAUAACUUUUACAUCCUACUAUCACCAUCCUUCAGGGUUUGAGUCCCUGUGUAGUCGGCUCUGCCGCUGUUGACAGAACCUAUGAUGAAUUACUCUCCAUGUUGUUUAGCCGACUGAUUUAGAGGGACAACAAAACGAAACUUUGUGCCACAGUGUCAACUGGCAGAAGUGAAACAUGCCAGGCUUCUUAUUACAUGUGAUUAGAAACUUUUAUGGAAGCCUGACCAAUCAGAAUCAAUUAUCUUACGCAGGGGUAUAAAAAGUAAGGAAGUCAGGUAACAAAUUGUGUUAGGUAUGGUAAGCUAACGGCCAAAUUCCACCAGAUCCGUCACGGCACCGGAUCUGAUAGGUUUCAAUUCUAUUCAAUGUGUUAACUUCCACUGGAUCCGCUCUGUUGCGUCCCAGCUACGUCUCUGAUCCGGCAGGUCGGAUCACAAUGGAUCAGAUACGCAAGACUUUGAUUUUUGCUGGAUGCCGGAGUCAUCAAGUCAGAGGUUUUCAGAGGACCAGAAAGACAACAUGGAUGAGGAUAGGAGGAAGAGAAUCCUUGAUUCAGUGAUUUCUGCAGGAAAACCUCGGUUGCACGACUCAAGCUGUCUGGCGGUCCUGCUCCGUGCUGUGUUCCAAAAACGCAACCGGUGAGUGUUGACGGACGAGAGAGCACGGAGUCGGACCUCAGCGGAUUGGAGAAAGACCGGACCCGGAUCUGGUGGAAGUACCGUGUAACUAAGCGAGCAUUGGUCUAUACUCCACCCACUUUCUCUGCAAUGAGAGGUUUUGGAUAGCACUCGGUGUGCAUGGUUUAAGAAAGGCCCUAUGCCCUUCAGAUCCUUAAAUAUCAUUAAUAAUGUGUCAAAGCAUUUCAAAGAGCUCCGCGUAUUCGUAAAGCUAAAAACAUGUAGCUUUAAGCAAACAUUAGAGAAGCUGGAGGAACAAAGGGUUCGUCACCAGAGGAACUAAAGCGUGUGUUUAUUAUAAUGAAGGAACAUGUCCCUCUGCGUGCUUAACCUUAGAGUUGUUUUGAUCACUCUUUCAGGGAUUGUUUGUUUCAGGACUUCCUCACUGGGGCACGAACCGGUUGGUAGUUCUCUUUGCCCAGGCAGAUAUUUAAUUUUAUAAAAUAUUUAAAUGUCAUUCAUAUAAAAUGACAAUUAAAAUUAAAUGUGAAGCAACUAUGCAGAAACAGAGAAAUUAAUUCCUUCACAAUUAUAAAUAUUUUGCAUAUCUGUUUCCCCUUUGUUAAUGUCUCUUUGCUGAGUGUAGGGGUGUGAGAGAGAUUUGCACACCUCCAGCUUCUCCCAAAUAAACUGACAUUUUGUGGAUGAUCCAUACAUUUUUGUAAAGUUUGAAUUUCUUAAACCAAAAUAAACUGAACCUUUUUGAA